GGGAACAGGCAGGUCUGAGGGUGUGCAUAGAGGAAGGGCAGUAGUGUGUAGGGUCCCAGGCACCUGGGGACAAACAGGGGGACGUGUUUGAGGAGUUGCUUGGUGGUGGGGAGCCGGGUGCCCCCCAGCAGUCAUGGGUGCCUCCAGCACCAGCAGUGCCAAAGGAUCCCAAACCUGCAGCUGUGUCCCCCUGAGUGCUGGCUCUGGGCCCCCGCCCCCUGGUGCCAGCUCUGGGUGCCAGCUGUGGCCGUUAUUUGGGAAAAAGGGAAGUUGGAAACUUUUCCUCCAACCGCCUGAAGGGCCUGGCUGGUGUCACCGUCAUGCUGGUGCCUCCCCCAUGUGGCUGUGGGAGGCUGCUGUGCCAAAAGCCUGCCUCCCUUUCCCAGAUCUUAGUUUGGGUGGCCAUGGGGGCUUCCAAAAGCCCCCCCAAGCAGAGGGCUCUGACGGGCACCCCCAUCACUGCCCAGGUGAGCGCCUGACUGCGGCCGAGAUGGACGAGCAGAGGAGACAGAACGUUGCCUACCAGUACCUCUGUCGCCUGGAGGAAGCCAAGCGCUGGAUGGAGGCCUGCCUGGGUGAGGGGCUGCCUCCCCCCACUGAGCUGGAGGAGACCCUGCGCAACGGGGUCCUCCUGGCCAAGCUGGGCCACUGCUUCGCCCCGGCUGUGGUCCCGCUGAAGAAGAUCUAUGAUUGUGAGCAGACUCGGUACAAGGCAGCUGGGCUUCACUUUCGGCACACGGAUAACAUCAACUACUGGCGUGAUGCCAUGAGCCAUGUGGGCCUUCCCUCGGUAAUGUCCCCCCUCUGCUCUCCCCAGCCAAGGGACACGCUGGCCUCUGCCCUGUGGCAGCACCGUGGGGAGUGCUGGUGUGGCAGGGGGUCUUUGUCUUUGCCCCUCACCCUUGGGCACCAUCCUGCCCAGGGACCGUCUCGAUGCCAUCCCCACCUGAGCUGUCUCUUGUCUUUCUGGCAGAUCUUCCACCCAGAGACCACCGACAUCUAUGACAAGAAGAACAUGCCCCGGGUGGUCUACUGCAUCCACGCACUCAGCUUGUACCUCUUCAAGCUGGGGCUGGCUCCUCAGAUCCAGGACCUGUAUGGCAAAGUGAAUUUCACAGAGGAGGAGAUCAACAACAUGAAGCGUGAGCUGGAGAAGUAUGGGCUGCAGUUGCCUGCCUUCAGCAAGAUCGGUGGCAUUUUGGCCAAUGAGCUCUCAGUGGAUGAAGCAGCAGUCCAUGCCGCAGUGCUGGCGAUCAACGAAGCUGUGGAUCAGGGGGUGGUGGCCCAGACGAUGGAGACCCUCCGCAACCCCAGUGCGAUGCUGCAGGACCUGCGUGGGGAGCUGGCAGGUGCCUACCAGGAGGUGCUGCACCGGGCGAAGCUGGAGAAGGGCAGCAAUGCCAGGAACAGGUAUCUGCAGGUGAUCCCUGAGGGAGAGGAUGUCUAUGACUGGUGUCUGACCCAGGCUGAAAUCCAAGGGAACAUCAACAAAGUGAACGUGCACGGGGCUCUGGAGGAGGUGGACGAUGCCCUGCAGAGACAGGAUGUGCCAGCACUGCACCGGGUGCUGCAGGACCCCGUCCUGGCCCUGCGCUGCCUCCAGCGCGACAACCUCCAGCUCUACUUGGAGCAGCUCAGCAUGGACCGGGAGCAGAAGGCACUGGACCUGGGCUACCUGGAGAUGCUGGACCAGAAGGAGGUGCAGGCAGGGAUCCUCACAGCCAACAGGAGGGGCGAGGAGGAGCGAGCCAUGCUGCUGGCUGUCAGCCGGAUCAACGCCGCCAUCCGCCGAGGGAUGCUGGCUGAAACCCUGGAAGCGCUGAUGGACCCUGCGGCGCAGCUGCCCGAUGUGCACCCCUCUGCUGCCCCCCUGUACCAGCACCAGCUGGCCCUGCUGCAGCGCCAGCACCCACAGGGUGAGCUGGCACAGGAGGAGCUGUUCGUGGCUGUGGAGAUGCUCUCGGCUGUGGCGCUGGUCAACCAAGCCCUGGAUGUCGGGGAUCCCGACGGGCUCUGGAGCAGCCUGGUCAGCCCUGCCCUGGGCCUCUCGGGAGUUGAGGAUGCAAAUGCACAACGGUACUUUGAGGACUUGCAGCAGCUGAAAGGCCAGCCUAGGGGAGCGGGAGCUGAAUUCCUGAGCUGGAAUGACAUUCAGGACAGUGUGAACAGCACCAAUUCAUUGGUGCAGGAUGAAAAUGACAGAGUCCACGCGGUCAGGCUGGUCAACGAGGCGCUGCUGCAGGCAGACCCCGAGAAGACGCUGGCGGCGCUGCUGCUGCUGGAGGCUGCCCUACCCGACAUCGCCCUCCCAACCGCCCAGCGCUACCACGACGUCCUGUCCCGGGCACGGAGGCAGAAAGCCCAGGCCAUGGGGGAUGACGGAGCUGUGCUUUGGUGGGAAGAGAUCCAGGAAGGAGUCUGCCGGGCUAACCAGGACACAGUGGCAGCCAGAAGGAUGGCUCUGGGCAUUGCUGCCAUCAACCAGGCCAUCAAGGAAGGGAAGACGGCGCAGACGCUGCGGGUGCUGCGCAACCCUGACGUGGCCCUGUGUGGUGUGGUGAGCGCCUGUGCCGGUGCCUACCAGGAGCAGCUGGCGGCUCUGGUGGCCACCAAGAGACCGGCAGGGAGUGAGAAGCUGUACUGGAUCCGGCACAGGCUGCCAGACGGUGCCGAGUACUACCUGAGCCUGAAGACCUUUGAGGGCAGCUGGCAGUGCCCACGCGACAGCGGCCUCAACACCACACACCUGAGCCGGGAGGAGAUCCAGUUGGUUGUCACCCGAGUGACGGCAGCGCACGACCGGGAGUGCCUGUGGGCAUCCAACACCUCCUUCGUGGUGAGGCUGCAGGCUCGGAUCCGGGGCUUCCUUGUUCGCCGGGAGUUCGCGGUACGACGGCACAUCCUGCGGGAGCAGCAGCCAGCUGCCGUCAGGAUCCAGGCUUGUUGGAGGGGGUACAAGCAACGCAGAGCUUACCUGGAGAGGCUGUGUUACCUGCGAGCCAACGCAGAGGCUGCAAUCAAGAUCCAGGCGGGUGUGAGGAUGUGGCAGGCUCGGAGGAAGUACCAGGAGAGGCUGCGCUACUUCAGGCAGAAUAUUAAAGCUGUAAUUAAAAUCCAGGCUUUUGUGCGAGCGAACAAGGCCCGUGGGGAUUACAGGAUGCUGGUCCAUACCAGGAGGCCACCACUGAGCAUCGUCCGGCGCUUCAUCCACUUGCUGGAGCAGAGCCAGCAUGACUUCUGGGAGGAGUCAGAGGUGCUGCGGCUGCAGGAGGAGGUGGUGAAGAGGAUCCGUGCCAGCCGGCAGCUGGAGAGUGACCUGGACCUCAUGGACAUCAAGAUCGGGCUGCUGGUCAAGAACAGGAUCACGCUGCAGGAGGUGGUCUCCCACUGCAAGAAGCUGACAAAGAAGAACAAGGAGCAGCUCUCAGAGAUGAUGUCCAUAGACAAGCAAAAGGGGCUCAAGUCACUCAGCAAGGAGAAGCGGCAGAAGCUGGAGGCCUACCAGCACCUCUUCUACCUGCUGCAGACACAGCCAGUCUACUUGGCCAGGCUGAUCUUCCAGAUGCCCCAGAACAAGUCCACCAAAUUCAUGGAGUCAGUAAUCUUCACGCUUUACAACUACGCAUCCAACCCACGGGAGGCUUAUCUGCUGCUCCAGCUCUUCAAAGUGGCGCUGCAGGAGGAGGUCAGGUGGGUGUCCAUGGGUGUCCUGGUCUGGGGACAGGCCUGGGCAAAGGCUGAACCAAGGGCAUCAUCUUGGAUGCAAUUAUCUCCUCUGGCUACUCCCUCCUGCUUGGAGAACACACAUACUGGUCCAUCCCCUCAUCCCAUCUGCCCUGUCUCUCUCCCCAGGUCCAAGGUGGACCAUGUCCAUGACAUCCUGACAGGGAACGCCACGGUGAUCCGGCUGGUGGUCAGCUUCUACCGCAACACGCGUGGGCAGAACGCCCUGCGGCAGAUCCUGGGAGGCCCAGUGCAGGAGGUCCUGCAGGACAAGGCCCUUGGCAUCCGUACCGACCCUGUGGACAUCUACAAGGCGUGGAUCAACCAGGCUGAGUCACAGAGUGGGCAGAGAAGCAAGCUCCCAUAUGAGGUCAGCCCUGAGCAGGCUCUUAGCCACCCUGAGGUCCAAAGGCGGCUGGAUAUUUCUAUCCAAAACCUCCUGGCAAUGACAGACAAGUUCGUCUCUGCCAUCACCUCUUCCGUUGACAAGAUCCCCUAUGGCAUGCGCUACAUGGCCAAAAUCCUGAGGACAUCUUUGACUGAGAAAUUCCCCAAGGCCCCGGCAGAGGAAAUCGAUAAGAUUGUGGGCAACCUGCUCUACUACCGCUUCAUGAACCCGGCUGUGGUGGCCCCCGAUGGCUUUGACAUCGUGGACAUCUCGGCUGGGGCGACCCUGCACCCCGAGCAGCGCCGCAGCCUGGGCUCCAUCGCCAAAGUGCUGCAGCACGCAGCCGCCCGCAAGGCCUUCGACGGGGAGAACGCGCAUCUCUGCGGGGUGAACCAGUACCUGGAGGACACCCACAACAAGUUCAGGAGGUUCAUCUCUGCUGCCUGCUGUGUCCCUGAACCAGAAGAGAGGUUUAAUAUGGAUGAGUACUCAGAGAUGGUGGCGGUGGCCAAACCAGUCAUCUACAUCACUGUGGGGGAGCUCAUCAACACACACAAGCUCCUGCUCGAGCACCAGGACUCCAUCGCACCGCAUCACGGAGACCCCCUGCACGAGCUCCUGGAGGAUCUUGAUGAGAUUCCUACAGUCCAGUCCCUGGUUGGGGAAAGUGUUGCCAGCCUGGCAGACAGUGGUGCUGAGCAGGUGCUCUCUCAGCUCAGCAGAACAGAGAUCUCCCUUACCCUCACUGGCAAGCUGCUGCCAGCGGCCAGCAGUGAGGAGAGUGACACGAGGAGCUUGCUGCUGAGCACCAAGCAGAUGCUGGUGGAUGUGAUCCAGUCCCAGUCAGGAGAUUCCCUCCCAGAAAUCCUGUGGACACAAGCCUUGGAGCACGAGGAAGCUGCCCACGACCGCCUUGUGCACAGGCGAGUGCUGCAGGAUGCCCAGACCCCCACCCAGCUGAAGUGGCACCGCUCCCUGGCUGCCAACGGUCAACUCUCCAUGGAGGAGAAGAAGCGCAAGAUCAUCCGUAACCUGCGGCACUUGGAGAGCCUGGGGCUGGUGGACUCUGCCCACCAGUACCAGGAGCUCAUUGAUGAGCUGGCCAAGGACAUCCGGAACCAGCGGCGCCACCGGCAGCACCGCCGCGCGGAACUCCUGAAGCUGAGGCAGACCCUGCACAGCCUCGAUGCCAAGACCUUAUUUUAUGAGGAGCAAAUUGAUUAUUACAACCAGUACAUCAAGACCUGCCUCGACAACCUGGCAGCCAGCAACAAGGUCAGCAGGAAGAGUAAGAAGCUGCCGUCGCUGCACUACACGGCGGCCCGGCUGUUGGAGAAGGGAGUGCUGCUGGAGAUCCAGGACCUGCCACCCAGCCAGUUCAAGAAUGUGAUUUUUGACAUCAUCCCCUGUGAGGAAUCGGGCAAGUUCCAGGUGAAAGCCAAAUUCAUGGGAAUUGACAUGGAGCACUUCCAGCUGCACUACCAGGACCUGCUGCAGCUGCAGUACGAGGGUGUAGCAGUCAUGAAGAUGUUUGGUAAGGCCAAGGUCAACGUUAACCUGCUCAUUUUCCUCCUCAACAAGAAGUUCUUCAAGAAGUAACAGGGGUGGGGGGGGGUGGAAUGGGCUACAGGGACGGGGGGACCAAUGAAAACCUGCCAAAGGCACCUUGGGGUUAGUGAUCCUGGGGCAGGGAAGUUUCUGCUGGCCAUGCAUCUUUCCUGCCUGGACACAGAGUGCUUGAGCACCUGCAGCUGGCUCAGCCCCAGCCCUGGGCACCCCAAGCUCGGUACUGAGCCGGUACCCGACCUCCUCGCAGAAGGAUGCGGCUGCCAAAGCUUUUGCAGCGCGUGUUGCUUUUAAAAUCUAUUUUUUUUUGUGGGUAUUUUGGCUGUUUAGUUCCUGUGUUGCCAACAGCCAGCUGCUCAAGGACACUGGAUUUCUGAACACUACACAGGUUUUUAGUGAUGUCAUAAAGGUAUUUUAAUAUAUAUAUAUAUUUCUUCCUCACAGUAAGGCUGGAGAAAUGUCAGAAUCAGUCUUUAUAUUGGGGGGUAGGAGAGGGGCAGAACACAGAGGCAAUAACUGCUUGUGAGGACAUCCGUGGCUGUUCCCUACUAAACUGAGGUGCAAUAGGAGAAUGUUGGUUUCCAAAGAUGAACUUCAUUGCUCUCCAGCCAGGCUGAGAACAGAUACAAAGCAGGGUGGCUCAGAGCCACUGCUCUCCCAUGGAUGCCACAGGGCACCAGAGCAGGGACCUCCCCUUUCUGGGUUUGCCUGGUAUUGGAUGUGGAGCAAUCCCAUGGCACUGUCUCAGCUGGGAUGGUGAUGUCUGUCUCCCCUCUUUAUUUGCUCUGGUGGGAGCAAAGUUUUCAAAUGUGGAUAAUGAUCGAGUUUGUCCACGGAUGCAUUUAAAGCACUUUCUCUUCAUGUGAGCCCCUUCCCUGGGAUGGGAAGGGAGCUGGUGGCAGUCCCAACCUCCCCCCAGCCCUGUCUCCAUCAGGCAUAGGAGCAGCAAGUCCCAAACCUGCUCCAUAAAGGAACUUUUUGGUGAGAUCGGAUUUGGAAUCUCCCUCACUGCUCAAGUAACUGCCUUGGGUUAGGGUUAGCCUUGAAGCUGGCUCAAUGGUACCUCAUCUAUUGCCAUCUGGGGCUCCGUCUUGUCUUUGAAAAGUCAUGUUUGUUUGUGAGGGUUUUAUGUGUUUUUUCUUUCCCUUCUGUCAUAUAAAAGCUGCAAACGGUGCUUACCCUCAUCCCUGCCCAUGCUGGAUUCCUGCUGUGCUGCCUCUGCUUGUUUACUUUAAAUAAAAUUGUAUUAGAAAAUGCAGAAUUGCUCUGGAUCAUUGUUUCCCCGUGGUCCUCACAAGCCUCUCCCCUGGCUUAUGAGGGUCUUUCAGACUCAUGACAUUCUCUGCAGUCUCCCAUGUCCAAAGAAGGUGCUUGUGGCCGUGGGCACCAGCCAUUAACCACCGUUAGAUGGGGACCGGCUCCCUCGCAGUGAUGCCAAGUCAGGCACUGAGGCAC